AUGUCGAAGAACACGGUGUCGUCGGCCCGGUUCCGGAAGGUAGACGUGGAUGAGUACGACGAGAACAAGUUCGUGGACGAGGAAGACGGGGGCGACGGGCAGGCCGGGCCCGACGAGGGCGAGGUGGACUCCUGCCUGCGGCAAGGAAACAUGACAGCUGCCCUACAGGCAGCUCUGAAAAACCCCCCUAUCAAUACCAAGAGUCAGGCGGUGAAGGAUCGAGCAGGCAGCAUUGUCUUGAAGGUGCUCAUCUCUUUUAAAGCUAACGAUAUUGAAAAAGCAGUUCAGUCCCUGGACAAGAAUGGCGUGGAUCUGCUAAUGAAGUAUAUUUAUAAAGGCUUUGAGAGCCCCUCUGACAAUAGCAGUGCCAUGUUACUACAGUGGCACGAAAAGGCACUUGCUGCUGGAGGAGUGGGGUCCAUUGUUCGAGUCUUGACUGCAAGGAAAACCGUGUAG